AUCAAUAGGUAUACCUUUUCUUGGACGGGCCAUCUUCACAUUUACUGCGCAGAUCCCAACACUUCGUACAGUCCAUUCGUUUCCCGCAUUCCUCAUCCACGGAGAUCUUCAGACCUUUUCCGUCUCCGUUCGACUCCUGUGGUCUUGAUGGUUGUGGAUGCAUGGCGACUAUCGCAUCUUGUCGACCCGCAUUCUCCCAUGGUAUUCCUUCGAGAGGCCGUUCUUUCUGGGCAAGCAGUGGCCUUUGUUGCAAACGUCCAGACACCUACGGUCACCAUGCCUCGGAUAAAGGCGAUGACAAGUGGUGUGGUUCCGACACUUAUUUCAUUGGUAACAAAUUUCUUCGCUACGGAAAAUGUGGAGGAAAAUUGGGUGAAUUCAGCAGCAGCAGCUGGACGUAGGGUAAUCUUCUUCGGCGACGAUACCUGGCUACGGCUUUUUCCUAAAGCAUUUGAUGAAGCGGAAGGAGUAACAUCGUUCUUUGUGAAUGAUUACACCGAAGUCGAUAACAAUGUCACCCGCCAUCUCAAUGUUGUUCUAACAACUAAUGACUGGGACUUGCUCAUACUGCACUAUCUUGGUUUGGACCAUGUAGGACACUCGCUUGGAGGUGAAUCAGUGGAAAUAGGGCGAAAACUCUAUGAAAUGGAUAACAUUGCACGUCGGAUUUUUCGCACCGUGUCGGUACGACGUUGCUUUUCUUUUCUUAAGUUUUAG